GAGGGUGGGAGGAGGAGAGAGGAAGAGGAAAGAAGAAGAAGAAGAAGAGUAGGUAGGAGGAAGGAGAGACAUAUAUCACAAAACUCCAAACCCCAGCGAGGAGCGAGGAGGAAGAAGAGACAAGAUGUGGGAUAACGCCUCGACCCUCUCGCCUCACGCCGUGUCGCUGGCUCUAGCCUCUCUCUACACCCAGAGCCCGUCCUCCGAUGCCAACAUCGUCAUCGCCAGCACAGCGGCUGCUGCUCUCAGCGGCGGAGCUUACAACAUCUCGGGGGCCUCCGGCAGUGGCGUAUACAGCCAGGGGGGCGCUCUCAGCGGUGGCUCGACGGACAAUAUGACACUGGGAGAGGGGAGCAAUACUGGUACUAUCUUCAUGGUGCCCUCGGACAACGGGACCGGCUUGAAUAUGAGCGGGAACUUCACGUACCCUGAGCCUUUCACCACGCCUAUGGCCACUCUGGU